AUGACUUCGUUCUUUUCUACUGUGCGUCAAGGCUUCGGCCGUGGUAACACAAAAAGCCAGCAGAAUCUACGUGAGAAAGCAGGCUACUCACCCACUUCGAAUAAUGCACCUCCCAUGCCCGCUCUAGUCAACUCUCCCUCAAUCUCGUCAACGCAUAGUGCUGCGUCAGAUGAUGUCUACCAAGAGCAACCUAAGAAGUUUCUGAACCCGGUCUAUGCAAAAUGUUCAGUAAAGGGCAACUUCUUGACACUGGCUGCUCAGCCAAAGAAUGUCGAAUUGGGUGAAUGGCUGGCACAUCAGGGUAGAGAACACAAUCUUUGA